GCCCCGCGUCCCCACCGCCGGCCCGGUGCUGCGCCCGGCGGCUCCCCGCCCGCCUAGUGCCCGCCGGGCCCCGCGGGCCUCCGCUCCGCGCCGCUCCGCGCUGCUCCGCGCCCCGCCCCGGCACUGCUCCCGCCGGGGACGGCCUUGGCGGAGGACCUGUGAUGAUCAGCUGAGCCCGCUCCUGCCGCUCCUCCGGCUCCUCCGGCCUUCUCCCGCCGUUCCUCCUCCUCGCCCUCGUCCUGCCGCCGCCGUCCGGCGCCCCCAGCCGCCGCGCCGCGCCCCGCAGAGCCGCCCGCCCGCCCGCCCGGCCGAAGCAUGUCCAAGCCCAGCGACCACAUCAAGCGCCCCAUGAACGCCUUCAUGGUGUGGUCCCGCGGCCAACGGCGCAAGAUGGCCCAGGAGAACCCCAAAAUGCACAACUCGGAGAUUAGCAAGCGGCUGGGCGCGGAAUGGAAGUUGCUCUCCGAGGCGGAGAAGCGCCCGUACAUCGACGAGGCCAAGCGGCUGCGGGCGCAGCACAUGAAGGAGCAUCCCGACUACAAGUACCGGCCCCGGCGCAAGCCCAAGAACCUGCUGAAAAAGGACAGGCAUGACCAAGACUGGGAUAGACCCCUAUUCUUCAGCACACGCGACUGCCAUGUAACACCCACCCACCCACACCCCCACAGGCGUGUGUGUGUGCGUGUGUCCCCCACCCCGGCCGGCAGCUGGAACUGGGAUUCCUCCGUGUGUGCAUGUACAUAAAACCUGCAAGAGCAAAAGGCCACCCGAACCAGGACUCUGCCGCCCGCCGCCGGGCCGGGACAGACGCGGACGCUGCCUCGGAGAUGCUCUCGCCUAAAGCUCGCCACGAGAGCUGGCCCCAGGCUCGGGGGGGAUCUGCAAUCGCGGGGGCAGAUAGGAGCCCGGCACUUGUAAGAGUUGUAAAUGUGUUUAAAAACAGAAAAGCAAAGCGAACCUUGAACUGCCCUUUCGGGACAAAGCGGGGAGAAAAAGACAAAAAAAAAAAAAAAAAAAAAAAAAGGAGAGGCGGUUUCGAUUUUUAUUUAUUCUCUUAAUGUCUAUGAGUUCUCCAGGGUCUCAUGUCACUUGGACUUGACUUUGGGAAGUCCCGGUCUUACUCUGAUUUUAUUUUUUUUUUCCUCGUUGUUUUCCUUUUGCACAUUGAAAAACGAGAUCAGCUGUGUUAUAUAUAUAUAAAUAUAUAUAUAUUUUGCCACCACGUACUACUAGGUAAAAUUGCUUUUCAUGUCAGAAAAAAGGCUCUUCAAAGUUAAAAAAGAAAAAAAAAGACAAAAAAAAAAAAGAAGGGGAGAAACAUUUAUAUUUAAAACCUAUGAUAGUGUUUGCUUAAUUUAAAAGAGAUAGUCCUUAAAUUUGUGUGAUCCAGUGAGACUAGAUCUAAGUUUACUUUAGACAGAGCGUCAGGUAUGAAGUCAGGCAGUAGAAUUGUAAAAAAAUUAAUACUACUACUACUACUAACCGAAUAAAAACCGAUGGCAAUUUAAAUAUGUUUUCACAAUGUCUUGGGCAAGAAGAAACAGAAACUAAGAUGUAUCCGGCAGGAUUUUACCUCGUUAAACCUUUUCAUUUGUUGAACAAAGCCGUUUUGAAUAAAGACAAUCUGUCAUCAAACGAG